AUGCGCAGUGUGUGCCCUGGCCGUCACAAGACCAGAGGAAGUUUCGCAUGUGGACCUACAGAACCAGGACACCCCCGAUCAAGACUCCCCAGCAGUACAUACUCAUGGAUCCUCCUCCUACUCACCCCUGACAGGCCUCCCCCUCCUCACACCAUGUCGGGGCUGUCUGCUCGCUCUUCGGUCUUCACCUUUCAGUCAGCCGUGCACAGUAGCUGGGUGCUGCAGAGUCUGAAUGAGCAGCGGCUGCGGGACGUCCUGUGUGAUGUGACUGUACUGGUGCAGGACCACAGCUUCAGGGCCCACGCCUCAGUGCUCUGCGCCUGUAGCCACUACUUCCACAGCAGGCUCCCAGGGGCUGGCCGCCAGAGCCCGGUGAUCACGCUGCCCAAUGAGGUGAGGACGAGGAUUACUAUUAUAUGGAUAUGA